AUGCGAUGUAAGCCCUUCGAGUCCGCAGCCGCGGAGUUGGUCGACGAGAGCCUGCACCCUCUGGAGCAGCUGAGCAUUCUGUCCGAGAAAGCCAAGCAGCUGACGAACGAGGGCGAUGCAGACGCAGUGAUCGAGUGCCGCAUCAAACAGCUCACUUUGCAACGAGUCCUCUCGCAUCUGCAUCACUUCCCUCUGCAGCCCCUCAUCCGGGCUCAGGCCGCUCUGGCCGAGGCCUACGGCCAGGGAGGUUACUUUCUGCAAGCCCGGGAGCACCUCAGCCAGGCGAAGGAGGUCUGCAAUGGUGGGAUCUAUGAUGAUCGGCAGCACCUGCGGCUGCAGGCAGAUCUCUUGGUGGCUGAGGGGUCGGUUCAGCUUGCACAGGGGCAACUGGAGGCAGCAGGGAAGACGCUGAUGGAAGCUGCACGUUUGGGCCGCGAGACGCGAGGAGAGCUUGAUGAAGAAGCCGCACAUGUGCAUCUUCUGCUUGGUCAGGUAGCCUCCCAGAGGGGAGACUUCGAGAAAGCCAUCGAUCAUCUCUCUGAAGCCUGGGAGGUCCAUGAUCAUGUUGAUGGCAAGGCCGCAGAGCCCACUCUUAGAAUCAGAAUGCAGGUCGCGGAGGCUGAACGAUCAGCCAACAGGUUGGAGGCAGCCGUGGAAACAGUGCAGGCCGUCGUGUCAAUCCUUCAGCACGAAGAGCCGCAGAAGACGGCCUUGCUCAUCAAGUGCAGCUGCCAACUGGCUGGCUGGCUUGAGGCUGACAAGCGGGAGGCAGAAGCAUUGGAAGCAUUGCAGGUGGCAGAGAGCGCUGCAGAAGGUCUUGGUGAGGAAGAUCCCCAAGUUGUAGACGUGAAACGUGACAUGGCCCUCCUCUACAUCAAGCUCGGUCGACAUGAAGAGGCGCUGCAGUACCUGAACGACGUGCACUACCUGGAACGAAGGCUCCAUGGCUCGCAGUCCUCACAAGUUGCCCGGACGCUGAAAGCCCUGGGAUCCGUGCACCUGGUCCUUGGGAAGAACGAGGAGGCCGAAAGCUGCCUUCGCCAGGCCCUGCGGAUCUUCGAGAUCGACAGCCACAAUGCCGCGAUCGUACGUGAUAUCCACGCCAAGCUGGCAAGCAUCCCAGCCGGCGACGCCUGA